AUGGACGCGGCGAUUGCUCAGAUCGUGACAGUUACGUCUGCCUCACCCGAACGGGCGGCACAAUAUCUUCAACUUGCCGAUGGAGACCCCGGUUCUGCAAUUAUGCUAUAUUUCGAAAGUAAUGGCGCUGAUCCAUCAGGAGAUCCAUCAUCAUAUAGUGCUCCACCUCCACCACCACCGGCUUCCUCGAGGCCUGGCGGCACAGGCAAUGCACAAGACCCCAUAGAUAUUGAUGACGGCACCGUUUCAGACGACAAUGACCCACAGAUUACAGGCUUUCGUAAGGUCGGUGGAUCGGAGGGAUCAGCCCUGCCACAAACAAGAGGAUCAACUUUCGACGCUGAUGCCGAAUAUGCACGACGGUUACAAGAAGAAAUGUACGGUGGAGGAGGUGGGCAAGGGCCAGGAGGUGAAGAGGAAAUUCGGGCACCCAUCGCUCGGCAAUCUGAGACACUUCUCGGCCCUGGAGCAGAUGCCGGCCCUCUGGACGAACGUGACAUACCAGCCCAUGUUAUGCAACAAAUGCGCCGAAUGCAGAAUAGACGAGGUAAUCAAGCGCAACCAGGCAUAUUCAAUCAGAGACCCGCGGCUUCCAUAUGGACCGAUCGAGAUGAUGCUGUGGUUGAGCCAGAUAUUUUAGCAGAAUCCACUGGCGGCGCUUCCGAAUCAUCUUCCCGGUCAAACAUGUUGGCCAAGAUGUUUCAGCCUCCAUGGGAUCUGAUGUACAAAGGCGGUUGGGAUAGCGCUCGAGAGGAGGGUCGUGAAGAGCUCAAAUGGCUGCUGGUUAAUAUUCAGGAUGGAUCGGUCUUCGAUUGCCAAGUUCUGAAUCGAGACUUGUGGAAGAACCCCAGUGUCGUGGAUACAAUCAGAGAGAACUUUCUAUUUCUCCAGUACAGCAAAGACGACAUCCGAGCCGACCAGUACCUCCAGUACUACUUUCAGGAUCAUUCGAAUCCAGAUCUGUAUCCCCAUAUUGCCAUAGUUGACCCACGGACUGGUGAACAGGUAAAAGUGUGGUCUGCAGAAGUUCCCAAGGCGGGCGACUUCCUCAUGCAGCUACAUGAAUUUCUGGAUCGCUACAGUUUGAGCAGUCAUGCACGAAACCCAGUGGCUAAGCGGAAGUCAGAGGCGCAAAAGCCAAAAAGCGUUGAUCAAAUGACUGAAGAGGAGCAGCUAGAGAGAGCCAUGCAAGCCAGUCUGGCUGCGCAGCCAGAGAACGCUACGAAAACCGUACUCGAGGAUCCGGAUGAACUGACGAGAAGUGUUGGAGAUAUGGAUGGGAAAGGAAAAUCUGUGAAGCAGAAUGCCGCCAGUAUGACAGUUGUCGAAAAUGGAGACGACACAUCGUCAACACCUUCACCUUUUAGUCUAAUACCAUCAGAUUGUCCACACCAAGAACCCGCUGCGGGCAAUGACGUGACAAGAAUACAGUUUCGACACCCGGCAGGUCGAAUAAUCCGUCGCUUUGCGACUUCGGAUUUAGUGAGGAGAAUUUUCGAAUGGCUCAAAUCGGAGCCGUUGGAGGGGAAAGAAGGUGUAGCUUUUGAGCUGGUGUCGAUGGGCAAGAACCUGAUGGAUCUGGCAGAUCAAACGAUUGAGCAGGCGGGGUUGAAGAAUGGAACAGUCAUGAUUGAGUUCUUGGAAGCAUAA